AUGGCUAGUAGACAAAAGGAAAAAAUAAAUAACGAAAUAACGAAAACAACGAGAAAAAUAAAUGAGCACAUUACCCAUUCGGUGAAGGACAUCCAUAACGAUAAGAUAAAAUCGGUAGACUCUUCUCCCAAUAAGACGAAUCAAAAUUCAGAAAAAGACAUGCCAUUUGGCUUAACAAAUUGGAAAAUAUCUUCCGAGCGUACUGUUUCGAGCGGUAUACGUGAAGGUGAAGGAGAUUUUUUCAGCAGUAACAUAAAAUGCAAUAAUGCGAAGACGAAAAUUAAAAGUUACGCAUUAAAUGGAAACACUCCAGAUGCGCAACAUAGUGAACACACAAAAAAAUUAAAGGAAAAAAAACACUUACACACAAUAGUAAAGGAAAAAAUCCGCAAGUAUAGGAUUUUUCACAAGGGCGAAAGUGGAAACUAUUGUCACUCGCCAGAAAAAAUCAACACCGAAUGCUCCCAGGGAGAUAAGGCAGUUGACAAAUCGGACAAGGCGGAAAAUUCAAAUAAUUUUUUUUACACAGAUCAUCAUCCGGUUCCACAUCUCCUGCAGCAGGAAUAUUGUGGACAGGAUAUAACUGCACGGGAGGGGACUCAUCGAAAUGUGAAGAACGAUGCAACGUUAGGGCGUUCAAAGUGUUAUAAAGAUAUGCACAAGAGUAAAUUCAACAGCAUGACGCGAUUAGAGCCCGCUUCGGAAAUCGCGGAUGACUCGAUAGAAGUCUUGCCGCGGGGUGGUGACUCCCGUGAUGGGGAACCAAGUGGCAACAGUGACAAGAGGGAGGACGGCGAGGACCACUCGGCAGGAAACCCUACGAAGGGGAAUGGCGAGUCGAACUGCUAUCAGAGCGAUCAGCACGAUCAGCGUGGUCAGCGCUGGAAUUGUGAGCAUCCCCCGAAGAACAGCCCGCACGCUGAAAAUAUAAUCCGGUGCAACGAUGAGGAACUGAAAAGGAGUGUUCACAAAGGAGAAGGAGUUAACCCUGUUGCGCGGAUGGAGAGGUCCUCGAAGAAAUAUCAAGAAAGGGGACGCUCCAUGUAUCGAAGAAAUUGCUACAAUAUUAGGCAGAGCAGCAUUAAAAGUAUUGUGAAUGGUAAGGGUACACGCGGUCAUAGGAGGGAGACGCAUAGUGAAUCACAUGAAGGGGACUCUAGGACCGAUGAACGGAAAAGCUCGUCGGAGGGGGAGGUAGACAAGUUUAGUGGUGAGGGGAGAGACUCCUCCGGGGAGGCACCUUCCAAUAGAGGUGAUGAUGAGCAUGACGAAGAUGGUAAGGAAAACGACAACGAAGAACAAGGUAGGGAUGAGGAGAACGACGUGAAGGACAAGGGAAAUGGUGAGGAACACGAUGGGGAAGAUAUUGCGGGGGGGAACCUGGACGAAGGGGAGUGGAUAGAAAUCGAGGAGCCGCUCAAUUUCUGGGAUGCCCUGAAGAACAAUUUCAAGAACGUGUUUUUGGUGAAGUCGGAGGGGGAGGAUCCUCCUGGGGGGGACCCCGCUUUGGAAAUCGCACCAGGGGUGGGAAACGAAGCUAACAGAACCAACUCACUCAACCGAAUUGAGACGUCCACAGCGCUUACCGAGGGGGACGACCCCCCUAAUAUUGUACCCGGGAGAGAGUUCCCACUCUCCCCAGACGUGUAUGUGAAGUGCCUAAACUUCCUAAGUGCGGAAAAAAUACUAGAGUGUGAGUUGCUAAACAAGCUGAGCAGCUACGUGAUAAAUAACCGAAUUAAUGUGUUCACCCAUGUGAAAAAGUUAACUUUGGAUGAGAGGUGGUCCCACAUUCCAAUAUACAAGAGACAGUUCUACUUACACCAAAUGAAAAACAUCAAGCAUAUGAACACGUCGGAGAAAAUUUACUCAGGCAAUGGAAUGUAUAUUCACGAAGUAGCUGCAAUAAUAUUUCAAAAUGUGUCAAAUUUAAAGACGUUAGAAUUACUAUCACCAGAAUAUUGUAUGAAUGAUAAUACGCCAAGACAUGAACCCUUUGCUCUAUCUCCAUCCGUUUUUUCAAAACUGGAAAAGUUAACAAUAAUUGGAUGUCAAACAAUGGAAUGGUUACACAUUUUACGUAAUUGUUCCUUUCCAUUGUUGAAGAAAUUGGAAGUAUGUUAUUAUCCCCUUCAUCAUGAUCAUUGGGUUUGGAAAUUCAUCUUCGAUUUUACCCUCUUGGGGUUACAAGGGUUAUUUAAAAUUUUAUACACAAUGGAAAAUUUACAAAAAUUGAGCAUAGGGUUUGAUGUUCUGUUUGAUAACAUUGAGGGGUAUUUGUAUAACCCUUUGGAAAGUCACAGAAAUGUUUUGCAAGAAUUUAAUUUUGUUACAAAUAACCAGAGGUAUACAAAUGCUUUAUCUGCUCCCCCGGCGAAUGGGAACCCAUCGAGGAAGUUUAAAAGUUACAGGGGAAGGAUUUGUGAGGAAGAUUUUAGUGACAUUUUUACUAUUGCUUAUUACAUAUCGGGGAAAUGUGGGAAGCUGAAGAGGAUUAUGAUAAAGUAUAGGGAUUCGUAUGAUAGUUAUGAGGACGAGUUGGACAACGACGAGACACUGAACGAGUUCAUUUCGGAGGCCACCAACACGGCGUCGAGUUAUUACAACUAUGUGCUCAACUGGUUUCGUUCCGCGGGGGGGGUACCACCGGAGCGGGGUUAG